ACCACAGGGGUAAGAGCCUGUUCUCGCGGUACUUUGUGCUACUCUCGCGUCUCCGCGUAUAGCAUAUCCUUGGUAGAGCAGCAGCCGUGAGAAGCGAAUAGUUGGUGGGAGGAUAGAGACUGAACCAACGGAGGGGGUAACAACAGCUUUACGUUACACGGUGUUGUGAGGGACUUUAAAAUUCUUUACACACUUCAACAGGAUUGUGAAUAAAAAAAAGUGAAAGCCGGUUUAAUUAGAUAAUUGUGUGUGUAAUUUACAAAGGUAAAAAUUUCAGAAGUGAGUGGUACAAGAUCAAAUAUCGGACUUUAGCCGAGCUAGGUAAGCAGACGAUGGCACUCAAUAUGACCGCCCUGGCCAACAUGACCCAUGUGAUCCAGAACGCCAGUGCAGGGCCGGUCGUGCCGGUCACUCAGGUCCCCAUGAUGCCAGACUACGUCAUGAGGGCCCACUACAUCUGCGAGCAGGUCCUAGUGCCCAUCAUCUGCUGCCUGGGCAUCAUCGGGAAUUCCCUCAGCCUCUGCGUGCUGACCCGGCGGGAGAUGGCGGCGGCCACCACGUGUUUCCUGACGGCCAUGGCAGUGUCUGACCUGCUGCUUCUCAUCUUCCAAGUGCCGUCCUUCUUCAACUCGAACGCCAGGAUAGCCGAGGGUGACAGCUUCAAACUCUUCUUUCGUUACUACACUGUUAUAAGGUACGUCAUGAACAACGUGUUCAUCACCUGCACGGGCUGGCUGACCGUGGCAGUGACCACCGAGAGGUUCAUCUCCCUCCGCUUCAUGUUCCACCCCCGCCUGGUCUGCACCAUACAGAGAGCCAGGCUCGUCAUCAUCGGCAUCUUCAUCGCCUCCUUCACCUUCCACUUCUCCAAGUUCUUCGAGUACGUCCCCAACCACGACCUGAGCAGCAAAACCCCUUUGAUCCCCACCCACCUGGUGCACACGCCCUCCUACGACACCUUCGUGCACAUCGCAAACAUCGCUCUGGCAGCCAUCAUACCUGUCUUUCUGCUCGGCGUUGCCAACGGUUUCCUCAUCUACUUCCUGGCCACCCACCGGCGAAGAAUGCUCCGGCAUAAGGCCUCCGCCUCAACAAACAUGACCUCGGUAGACAUGCUUCACGUCAGCGCUAUCGUCGUGGCGACUGUCCUUGUCUUCAUCCUCUGCCACGCUAUCGGAGUUUUCCUAGCGCUGACCAUCGCUUCAAAAGGCCGGAAAUACGUCUUCAGCCGGCCCGCGUACCUGGCCCUCAAAUCCAUCAACACCUUCCUCGUCAUGGUCAACUCCAGUGUCAACUUCCUCCUCUACUGCGCCAUCAGCCGCAAGUUCCGGAAAACUUUCCUGCACGUCUUCCAGAGAGGUCUGACCAGGCGAGACACCUGGACAACGGCCAUGCCGUUAAGCGAGAACAGCACCGGUACCGUUGGCACCAACCUGAGAGCGACCAACGGAAAAAUCUACAGCUCGUCGUCCAAGUCCGUGACGUCAAACGGGGCGUCACACAGUGUCUUCACGCGAGAUGACGGCUACACAAUGAACAAGCAGAACGACGAGAUGUAGCACAGACCGUCAAUCGUUUAUACUUCAUUUUUUUAAACCUUGCCUCGGGUUUGACAGAGACAAAGAUUUGCUACCCUGGGCUACGAGUUAGAGUACACUGAGAGCAUUGAAACAGUCGACUCAACAUUGAGACAGUCGACUCAACUCAGCCAGUUUAACCCAGAAAGCAAAUGCAAGUUUUUUGGUCUACAAAAAAGCGGUAAAAAUAAUUCACGUGGGCCUGGGGCAUGAGAGAUUGCACUGUAUGUCAUACAAUACUAGAGGAAAUGUCAUGUUCCGCUUGCAGGUAUGACAUAUGAUUCUUUAAACUAUGGCAUAUGGCUCUAUAGAGUAUGAUACAUGAUACUUCAUGUCAUACGAGACUAAACAAUGGCAUAUAACAGUUCAUGUUAUGUUAUGUGACAUUGCAGAAUAUGGCAUAUGACAUAAUGAGAGUAUUGUA